CGUCCGCAGGCACGCCCCCUCACUUCCUCGCGGGGAGCAUGUGGUUGUUGUGCUCGUGGCUGGAGGAGUGAAACUGCGGAGGCCUCUUUGUUUAUGUGGGAGUGUUCGGCUGAGUUCUGAGCGCAGCAUGGCUGAUUCCGUGUCCAGGUUUCAGGCGGAGGUGGCCGGUAUCAUGGAGCUGCUGCUGAAGGUGGCGGUGCUGGAGAUCAGUAAAGUUUUCGAGGGCCGGACUCGCCUGUAUCAGGACUGCGCCUGCAACGGAGAGGCUAAGAUCCAGGAGGACCUGCAGUGUUUACCGGAUCUCAGGGCCUUUCGGGAACAGCCGCCGCAGCCGCCGGGGAGUCCUGCUUCCAAAGCUGUUCGCAGUGUCGGUGUGCAGGCGGGAGAACCGGAGUUAGAACCUGCAGCUGAUGAUGGAAGCAACAUGCCCCGCCCCCAAGAUCACGAAAUGGGUGAACAUCAGCCCCCCACAGAAGUCCCCCUGCUGGACCUGGAAGAGACCAUUGAUGUGCUGUGCACUGUUGACCUACCCUGCACCAUCUUUAAAGAACAGGUUACUAAAAUGGAGAUUGUGGAGGACUUGGCUGUUGAGAACACAUGGCAUGUUAAUCCUAAAGCAGAAUUGUCCUCUGAACAGAACGACGCUCAGUCACCAGAUCCUCUUCCUAUUCCAAGUCAGUUAAAUUCAACAACAGUCGACAUUCCCAGCACAGAUCUUAUCCCAAGCACAGAUCUUAUCCCAAGCACAGAUCUUAUUCCAAGCACUUUGGAGCAGUCAGACCUCGGCGUAAAGGAAGCUGCUGACUCUGUUGAGCCUGUGAGCGAGCUGGUGAAGGUGGAGCAUCUUGAUACAGUUGUAAGCAGUGAAGAAAAAAGUGGACAGACUUUAGAUAGCAAUUCAUCUGCUGCUCCGGGAGCUGUGGAUGUGGUGUUUUAUCUCAACGAGAUACCAGUCGACUACAAAGUGCUGCAGCCGUGCUCCGUGCAGCUGGUGAACCUGCUUUGUUUCCCUAAAGCCAAAAGGAAAAUGGCGGACGUCGCCGGCGUGAAUGGAUCCUCCGUACCCAAAGACCUCCGGAUUCACCAGCACAACCACAACGGGCGGCGCCUGUGCUGCUUCACCAAGUGCGGCGACGGCGUGUGGAGUCUGCGGGGCAGUCUUUCCCACAGACAGUCGCUCAGCUGCAAGAUCUGCGGCAAACAGUUCAAGCGCAGGAAGAUCCUCAGGAGGCACAAGCGGUUCCACACGGGGGACCGGCCGUACUCCUGCUCGAAGUGCGACAAGACCUUCACUCUGCGCAAAAGCCUGCGCAGACAUGAGAGAUUCCACACGGGAGAGAGACCCCACAGCUGCCCUCAGUGCGCCAAAAGCUUUCGUCUCAAGGACAGUCUGAAGGCCCACAUGCGCUUUCACACGGGGGAAAAGCCAUUCAGCUGCAGCCUGUGCACCAAAGAAUUUAGGAUCCAGAAGAAUCUAGACAAGCAUGCUUUGGUGCACUCUGUGCCAGGGAGGAUUUACCCAAUCAAAUAACCAAACCAAAUAUAUCAUAAUAAUGAUAUAUUGUCCCCCAGCUAGUAUGUUUAUACAGCUCUGGAAAUAAAUCCUGAGUCUGAAUUCUGAGACCAGUUUCUGAAUCUGUUUCUCUGAUUUUGCUAUUCAUAGGUAUAUGUUUGAGUAAAAUGAACAUUGUUGUUUAUUCUAUAAACUACGGACAAUAUUUCUCCCAAAUUUCAUCUAAAAAUAUUGUCAUUUAGAGCAUUUGUUUGCGGAAAAUGAGAAAUGGCUGAAAAAAGUUUUUAAGUUUUCAUGCAUCUUGGCAUGUUCUCCUCCACCAGUCUUACACACUGCUUUUAGAUAACUUUGUCACUCCUGGUGCAAAAAUUCAAGCAGUUUAGCUUGGUUUGAUGGCUUGUGAUCAUCCAUCUUCCUCUUGAUUAUAUUUCCAGAGGUUUUCAGUUUGGUAAAAUCAAAUUAAAGAAACUCAUUUUUCCAGAGCUGUAUAUGUAUAUAUGCAUACAAAAUAACCCACUGUAAAUCUUCACAUGCUACACAUGAGAAUAUCUGCUUGCUUUCUAUCUAUUACUACCGGUUAACGAACAACUUGCUUGAAAGUGAGACAGUUAAGGCAAGACCCAUUGGUACCCAUUUUGAGUCCAUAGGUAGUUAAUUUUAACAGAAGUUUGCACAAUUACAAAAAGCCAAAUGGUAAAAUCAUGAGAAACACUUUGUCUUUGACGUAUUUUGUCCCUGGCUUAUUGUUUUUAAAUCUAAAAUACUUAAAUAUAUAGCCAGUAAAGUACAUACAGUUAGCAAAAGAGGCUGUGUUAAACGUGGGAAAUGUAGACUUCAAAGUAAAAAAAGAAAUAUUAGCAUAUUUCAGUAUGCUAAUUAAGCAUUAAUACAUGAGAGGGAGUGCUAUAACGUGGAAUAUUGGCACUGCUGUGCUGCAGUCGUAGACACAAGGGCCUCGCGUGUAGUAUUGCGAUUAUACCACAGUUCCACUAUCGCUGUUAAUUGAAAGAUUUUGAGUUAAAGAGGAUGACAAUAUUAAAAAAAUACGAUCUGUUGGGUUAUAAACACUCUGAGUUAAAAUAGUUCCAUUGCUGCUCUGUUUGUAGCUGUGCUGUUUGGCUUGUAAGCGCUGCAUCAUUGCUAGGUUACCUGCAUGUGGCGGAGUAAUACUUGGAGAGCUUUGGUUACAGUGCAUUACCGGCUGAUAACUGCACUCACAGAACGCUUCUCAGCCAAUCAGAUUGCAGUGUCAGAACUAACUGUGGUAUGAUGUGAAAUAAAUAGCAAUAUUUUUAUUGAUAUAACUACAUGUAUGUUUGCUGUAUUUGAAUCGGCAAACAAAGAUGUAUUCCAGAAUAUAUUCUAUUUUAAAUUUGUACAGGAGUAUAGACUCCUAUAGUUUCUUUUGGGAGAUUUGGGAGUUAAAACACUGGGUUAAAACUACCCCCCCUGAUGCGGAGGCUUUUUUAGCCUUAUUAGCUUUAAUAGAGUUAUAGAGUUAGUUACAUGCUGUGCUGCAGUCACUAAGAGAAAGACUAAAAUAACGUUAGAUUCAGUUUGAAUCUGGAUAAAUGUUUGGUAUUUCUGUGAGAAAUGAGAUUAGUUAUUUGAUCUGAAUCUUGUUCACUACAUAAAAUGUUCUUCAUUAAUCUGUUCCUCCUUUAUUUGAAGGAAGGAAUAAACAGUAUAUAGUGUGUGCAAAAAAAAAAAAGUUUUGUUUGGAUGCUGAGAAAUGGUAGAGAUGGAUAUAAGCUAUGUUCUUUAAACUGCUUUGUACCAGAUCCUACAUAAUCUGAUGCUAAUACAUUUUUUUUUGCAAUAUAGUGUAUUUUAGUUCUGGGACAUUUUCUUAUUACUUUUUUUUUCUUUUUUUUUCAGACAGCAUGUAUAAAGUUUAUAUAUAAAAUGUGUAUUAUGUUAAGAUCAGUGGACUUUCAGGACCAAAAGCUUCAGUUUGUGUCUCCACAGGUUUUUUUUUCUCUCCUGUGUUGGAUUUAAAGUAAAUUGAGGUGUGUGUGUAUAUAUAUAUAUAUAUAUAUAUAUAUAUAUAUAUAUAUUGAGUUUCAUAUUAUAUAGUUCUAGCCAUUCUUUUUUCAGCUAUUACCUUUUUAAAUGUUUGCAUCCAGAAUUUGCUGGAAUUUUAUUGAAUCAGUUUUUCCCUUCACUUUAUCUCCAAUACUACUGGUGAACAACACAACUCUAAAUAAUUAUUAGAUACAUCCGCCCCCAUGCUUCACAGUUAGGUAGGUGGAAGUUUUGGAACUUUUUGUGAAAUGUGUAUCUUCUUUUUUUUAAUUAAUCAGUCAACAACACUUUUUUCCCCCCAAAUCUAUUAGACUUAUCUAGAUGUUCUGUAGCAUUUAGCAAAUAUCGAAUUUACUGAUUCUGCUUCUUCUUGUACUCUGCCAUGAAGAUUAUUUGUGCAAGCAGUGCUGCAAAUACAUGUACAGGUAAGCCAACAGAAGUGUGUCAGCAGCUGAAUUAUCUUUUCUCCUAAAAUCAUUUUAUUUUGUUGGAGCUACAUUAUCUACUGCUCAGAUUUUACUAUAUUAAUCCUAUUUUAGAUACUACUGUAUUCGAUUUUAGAUAAUUGCUGCAAGGAUUUGAUUGCAUUCAUUGCAGUGACAUGAGGUCAGGAUCUUGAGUGUUUACCACCUCAAUUAAUCAUUCCCAAUUCCCUCAAGUACUGGAGAUGGAGCUCAAUCAUUCCAGAGAACUAAGUUUCAUUGUCUCACAGCUUAAACAUUAGGCAUAGUGCCAACAGCUUCAUGUUUAUCUGCUUGAGAGAGUCCUGCUAAAUUAGCAGUACUGUGUAAUUUUCAUUUACUGUAUUUUCCGCACUAUAAGGCGCACCAGAUUAUUAGGCGCAUUAUGCGACACUAGUAAGGAACAGGGGUGUCACCAUGUUUUCCUUCUAAUUCACUGCUGGGUGGUGAGACCUGUAAAGCUAAGCUAAGUAAACAAAACUGUAAUUGUUAAAAAAAAAAAGUCAAACGAGCACUGAAUGUUAAUCUACACAGAUUUCUCUCCUGAAAACUGUUUAUUUGGCUGAGUGAAGUGCUUCUGUUUAUUUACAGCAAGCUUAGAUUUCUAGGUUCAGCAGCGCUAGCAUUAGCAGCUAACCGCUAGUAAAUGCCACCCAACAGCGCUAUACUGAGGAACCCUGAGUGAUCCAGUAAGCCAGGGCGAUGUUAACUUGUGGUUCAUCCCACAUAGCUUGUUUUAACACGGUAAAUAUGCAGACUACAGUGCGUUAAUACUCGCCUCUGAAUGCCGAAACAGCUAGCGCUUAGCGGCUAAUGCUUCUCCAGCAGUGCUAGCCAAGGAUAGCAGCAGGCUACAGGAAGAUAAUACCUCUGAACGGCGAAAGAGCUAGUGCGGUUAGCGGCUACUACUAAUUAAACUGAUACAUAAGGUGCACCAGGGAAAAUUAAAGGAUUUUAAAUGCACCUUAUAAUGAGAAAAAAUAUGGUAAAACAAAAUCUAGUUUACCCUAAUCCCUUACAGGAAAACUGAUUCACAGUGUAAAAAAAGUCAUCUUAAUUUUUUACCAUAAUCUCUUUUCCACACAGGCUGGUUUUAUCGUCAUUUAUUUCAUUCUUUUUUCUAUGGACAGAGUUGUAUUUACUUAUUCUAUAAUUUGGUCAUAUUUGCAGAAAUAUACUACAACAUACACAUAUAUUCCGUUGCAGCCUCUGUUCUUCUGUUCCUCUUGAUUUACUAUACAUUGUCUUGUAACCUUUGUUUAACACUGGAAAAGUAAAACCACUUUUAUUGUUUUUUUUUUUUUAGACUAAAGUGAUUUUUAUACAGAUGUAUAAAACGUGUAUAAAACGUGUACUUUUAGAACGUUUUAAAUAAUAAAAAGGUUAUCAAGUCUUGU